UAGUUUAAUAUCGAAUAUGGCCACAAGGUGGCGGACGUUAUUAUGAGUUUGUGCUUGCUUGAUAUCUAUUCUAUAUCUUGUCAAGGUUUAUGUAUUUUUGUGGUUCUUUGUUAAUUUGUUAACCUUAAUCAUUUGAAACAUUUCUAUAACGUGUGUUCAAACGUACAGUUUCUUAAAUAUUUUUCAUCAAACACUCUCAUCUUUGUGAACAAGUACAUUUUACCAUUUCUAUUCGAUGUAUACUCCGUUUGUUUGGCAAUAAAACUUUAUAUAUGAAGGAUCCUAACCUAUCACGAAACUUCCUGCACGCAUGUCAGAAUGGAGACUUAUCAAGAGUGGAAACUCUCGUAUCGAAGCACGACAUUCAAGAUUGGACACACUUCAGACACACGACUUCCGGUGACACUGCGUUACAUCUUGCCACCCGCGAGGGUCAUUUGAAUAUCGUUCGAUACCUAUGCGAGAAUUUCAAGAAACCAGACUUUAGAGUAAACGUCGCCAGUAGAGAUAUGAAAAGACCGCUGCAUGAAGCGGCGCAGUUUGCUCGUAGCGAUAUACUCAAAUAUUUAAUUGAAAAAGGUGCAGAUGUAGAUGCCUUAAAACGCGCUGAUUGGACACCGCUCAUGCUGGCGUGUACAAAAACCGGAAGUGAUGCCUAUAAAUGCAUCGUAGCGCUUUUAGAGGCAAAAGCAAAUCCGCUUUUGCGAAAUAAAGAUGGAUGGACGUCGUUGCAUCUAGUUUGUCGAUCUGGCGAUGAAAAUGCUUUUGAUUUGUUAGUAAAUAAAUUUGUUGAACGCAUCGAUGAUCGAAGCAAUAAUGGUCGUAGUGUUAUGCACAUUGCUGCAUUUCACGGUCAUGAGGGUUUAGUCAAUCGUCUUAUGGCUCUUAAUACGAAACUUUUGAACGCGCGUGAUUCCUCGGGAUCUACUCCUCUUCACGAAGCAGUUAAAGGAGGUCACCUAUCCGUUGCAAAACGAUUAAUUGAUUUGGGAGCUGACGUGGAAGCUAAAGACAACGCUAGUCAGACUAUUUUACAUAUAGCAGCUGUAAUUGGAAAUACAGAAGCUAUUAAAGCCAUUUUGAAAAAGUAAUUUCAGUAGGAGAUUUUUUAAAAUAGACAGAAACGAGACAAAUUUUAUUCAGA